AACUCACCUGAGCAGGUGAUGAGUUUAACAAGUACACACUCAACUACGCACAACUACAAACGGGUUCUCCUGUUGGUUCUCCUGCCGGUUCUCCUCCCAGUGAGUGACCAUGUUGAGAAGAACAGGAACCUUGGGAGGAUGUUGCAGGUUUGAGCUCGACCAGUGUCGUCACUCCUUCUCCCCUCCCCCCUCCGCUCCUGAGCUCCCUAGACUCUAUUACCCAGCAGGCAGCAGGAGCAGGAAGUACCGGGUGGGGCAGGAGGCGGGGCAGAUGAGCUUGGCUCAGAUCAACCACAUCUUAAAGGCCAACGAGUACAGCCACACCCUCCCUAGAGGCCCCGCCUCCCAUGGCGUCUUGGGUUUUCAUAGCAACAUGUUGCCAUCCAACCAUCCUGGCGAAGACCGCCGGAGCAGCGCCACCUGCCUGCCAGGUCGUGGCGGCGUGCUGUUUGGUGUGUUUGACGGCCAUGCGGGGUCAGCCUGCGCUCACGCCGUCAGCCAGAGGCUUUUCUAUUACAUCGUCGUGGCAACGCUACCACUAAGGAUGCUGGAGGACCUCGAACGGGCGGUGGAGGAGGAACGGGCCGUACCGCCACUGCUAGAGUGGCACAAACACCCCCAAGACCACAGCUGCCCUGACGGAGGAGCGAUCUCCUUCCACAGCCUCCGAAACUACUGGCAGGAGAGGCUGGAGGAUGAAGACGAGGACAAGGACGAAAAAGAGGAGCAGCAGGAG